AACAGUGCUUUUUUUGGGGGGGUUAUCCACAUUCACGUACUCCAGCUCACUCUCUCUCUUUCUCUCUCUAAGCUCUGACCCCAAUUUCUGUGGCGGCUCUCACUACUUUUUCUCUGCUCAGAUUUGAUCUUUUCCUCUCUCUUCGUCUUUUUUUUCAUCCGGUUGGGUUGGGGUCUUUAGCUUCAACUUCAACGACAGCUAUGGUUACCCCACAGCCACAGCUUCAGGUUCAGCCUCAACAGCCCCCACCCUCUUCGCAAGAUGAGGCCUUGAAGAGGAACACCGAUUGUGUCUACUUCCUUGCAUCUCCUUUGACAUGCAAAAAGUAUUGGUGGCGAAAAUAGGCAUUAUGGAAUACCGGCUAAUCCUGCCGCGCCUGCUCAAGUACUGGGUGUAUCCUCUAGUGGUGCUGCUGUGACCGUUGUUGCCAAUUUCGUUGACUUUGCAUUGGGAGUUCUCAAGUGUUGGUCAAAGCACUGAGAAGCUUUUUGGAAGGCAAGUAUUAAAGCACAUAAAUUUUGGCGACUAUAUAAGUUCUAGAGUUCCAAGCUUGAAGGGUUUCUCUGGUCGGAAAACAAACAGUUAAGUGAAAGCUUCUUCAUUGAAGUUACUUGCUAACAUUAUGCAAUUCCUACAAAGUGUAGAACCAGAAUCUCCAAGUUUCAUGGAUUUCUCAGAAACCUUGUUCCUUCUCCUUCUUCCAAACCCAAAGCCAAAGCCGUGCAUUUCCUCAAUCAACAUCAAGGCAAACCAAAAAGCAAACCCAUUACUCCAUUUCGCAGUGACAGCAACACCAACAUGAAGAAACUCAAGAAAUUGAAUAUGAAAUUGAAAGAAAAGAAGAAGGAUGAGCCCAGAGAUUAUAUGAGGAACGUAAUUGGAAAAAUUUACAACACGCUAAAGUACUCAACAUGGGAAACAGCUGAAUCAGAGCUCAACAAUAUCCCUUUGAAGUGGGACUCAUACACGGUGAACAAGGUUCUGAAGUCACACCCGCCAAUGGAGAAAGCAUGGCUGUUCUUCAACUGGGCCUCUGGGCUCAGAGGGUUCAAGCACGACCAAUACACUUACACCACCAUGCUUGAUAUUUUCGGGGAAGCUGGGAGAGUAUCUUCCAUGAAGCACGUUUUCCAGAAGAUGCAGGAGAAGGGGAUCAAGGUUGAUUCUGUUACCUACACUUCCAUGAUGCAUUGGCUUUCCAGUUCUGGGAACGUGGAUGAGGCUAUGCAAAUGUGGGAAGAAAUGAAAUUCAAGGGGUGUCACCCCACUGUUGUUUCUUACACGGCUUAUAUGAAGAUUUUGUUUGAUAAUAAAAAAGUAAAGGAGGCCACUCGUGUUUACAAGGAGAUGAUUAGCUCUGGUGUCGCACCAAAUUGCCACACCUACACUGUUCUAAUGGACCAUCUUAUUGGGUCUGGAAAAUGCAAAGAGGCCCUAGAGAUUUUUGAAAAGAUGCAAGAGGCUGGGGCACAACCUGACAAAGCUGCAUGCAAUAUUUUGAUUGAGAGGUGUUCUAAAGUUGGUGGGACUGAGUUCAUGACACAUAUCCUUCAGUACAUGAAGGAAAACCGUCUUGUUCUCCGAUACCCUGUAUUUUCUGAAGCAUUGGAAGCUUUAAAAGUUGCUGGUGAGAGUGAUACCCUUCUAAGGCAAGUCAAUCCUCAGUUUUAUAUUGAGUGUAGCGUAAGCAAGAACAAAAUUGAUAGUAUCACGGUUGCUGCAGAUUCUCCUACUAAUAUGGAUAAAGAGCUUUUAUUUGUUUUGUUGAAAAAUAGAAAUGUUGUUGCUAUAGACCAUUUGGUUAGAGGGAUGAUGGAAAAGAAACUAUCUUUAGAUCAUAAGGUAGUCUCAACCAUUAUUGAGGUAAAUUGUAGUCAUUGCCGACCUGAAGGUGCUUUGUUGGCUUUCAAGUACAGUGUUACAAUGGGAAUAAGUAUAGAGAGAACAGGAUAUCUCUCCUUAAUGGGCUUGUUGACCAGAUCAAAUAUGUUUUCAAAGCUGGUGGACGUUGUUGAGGAAAUGACUAGAGCUGGGCAUUCUCUUGGAAUCUAUCUGGCUUCACUUGUGAUCUUUAGGCUUGGUUGUGCUAGGAAGCACACGUUUGCGAUAAAGAUUUUCAAUUUGUUACCUGAUAACCAUAAGUGCACUGCCACCUAUACUGCUUUGAUUAGUGUUUACUUCUCUGCUAAAAGAGUUGAUAAGGCACUUGAGAUUUACAAAACCAUGUGCAGCAAAGGAUUUUGUGUUGUCUUAGGUACAUAUAAUGUACUAAUAGACGGCUUGGAAAGAAAUGGGAGAUACACUGAAGCAGAACAUUAUAGGAAAGAAAAGAAAACCCUGCAUGCCAAUAGUGGUUCUCAGGAAAGUGUUUCCAUAGAGGGAAAGAUAUGCAAUCUUAUAUUUUCUGUGGAUGUCAUACUUUAGUCUUGGUACUCUGGGAGUUUUCACUUUUGUGUUCAUUGGAGAUGCCAACAAGGUCUAACUGCCAUGUUCUACCUUCCACUUAAAGCAACCAUAUGAUGCAUAACACAGCAACUUUGUGAAGUGUUUUCACAUGCAUACUGUCAUAGCUUUGUGAAGUCAAAGGCAGACAGAAAGUGUGAUUGAAGGAAUGUGGGAUGAUAGCUAUUUACUGAAAUGUCCCUUUGUUAACCGCAAUUGUUUUGCAUCUGUUUGUUUUCCUUCUUACGUAUAUUCGGUGAUUUGUAGACAAAGUCAUAUCUGUAGUGUAUAUAUGAAAGGAAUUGUCAACAAUUUUUUCAGGUAAAUUUUAACAUUUUUUGCUGUAUUAAUUUUGACUGCCAUUUAAAAA